AUGCUUUCCGGUUCCUCCAACGCAAACGCCGUGCGGCUUUUGCCCACGCCGGAGCUGAGGCACGCAGUGGCAGCAUGCGUCCUCUACUCCGUUAUCUCUCUAGCAGCUCUGGUGGUCACUGUUUUUGCUUUCUUCAGGCUCAGGCGCAAAGGGCUGCUGGGCUACGGAGUCUGGAAGUUGCUUCGCGCUUCGACCAUCUCCUUCAGUCUCCACUGUCUUAUUAUCGUGGCCUUCUAUGCCCUCAAAUUCUCAUUCGAGCGUUCGAUCGACUUUGCCCAAACGCGCAUUGCGAGAAAAGGAGUUUUGGAAUCGGUCUACCAUGCGGCCACCUUGUUCCACUACUUCACACAGAGCCUGCUUUUUGUCACUCUCGUCAAUUUCAACGCGGCUCCGCCGACGGGGAAGGUGGAAAAGGUCCUACAAGGCAUGGUAUACUUGCUGUGCUCGGCUCUUAAGGCCCUCGCCAUCACUAUAUUUGUCCUCAACAUCCUGACCAUCAUUGUCACCGAUACCAACACUUCAGAAAUGUCUGCCACCGAUAUUUUCAAACUACCGCUUGAUGGCAUGAUGGUCGGCGCUGUCAUGAUUGGUAUUGGCUGCGUUUUACAAAAAGUCUCGAAGUGCAUGCCUGCGAGAUUGGCGGUGUUGUCCGGCAUCCUCCUUCUUCUUUGUGCUGUCACGCAGCUAUCUCUCACCAUAUCCACCCCCUCUUUAGAUCAUAUGAUGUCCUUUCAUCUCCCGAAUGUUUUCCGCAACGGCGGGACCGUGAUUGGCGCUCUUGCCCUUCUGAUAAGCGCCAGUCGGCAGUUAGGUAUGAACGGUUCUGGGGCUCGGGAUAAGUGCGACGACGGCCUGGAUUGA